GUUCCCAAAGUUGGGUCGUAAUUUCGUUCAGAAACCGUAACGUAAACCGUAACGCAUUCAGUAUGGUUCUCCAAAAUAUGAUCGGUUCUAUUCCGGAGUUCAACGGUUCGGUCGACGACUGGAACGUGUACCAGGAACGGUUGGAGCAAUUUUUCGAAGUCAAUGAAAUCGCGGACAACAAACGGGUCGCCCUGCUAAUCAGUGUCAUCGGAGGUGAUUCGUACAAAACCCUGCGCGAUCUGUGCAAUCCCGUCCUGCCGAAGAACAAAACCUUCGACGAACUGUGCACCCUACUGCGGAAGCAGUACACCCCCCAGGUGGCCAUUUUCCGCGAACGAACCAACUUCUACAAUGCCCGCCAGGAAGACUACGAAAACGUGACGCAGUGGUUUGGGCGGCUGAAAAAACUAUCCGUCGACUGUAAGUUCGGCGAAAACCUGGAGGCGAUUCUGCUGGACAAAUUUGUGACCGGGCUGCGAACCGGCCAGAUUAUGGACCGACUGUGCGAGGAGAACGAAUCCCUCACGCUCGAACAUGCCCUCGAACUGGCGGUGAACAAAGAGUGUGCCAUCUCCGGGCAGAGCCACUAAGGGUGGGGGGACGGCACGUUGUGAUAAAUGCACCAUGUGUGAGAUUGAAUGCAGAUUUGAGUGUUUUUUUUCGUUUUCCUUUUUUUAAGUUUUAUUGAAUGAUGAGAGGACGUUAUGUGUGAGAUGAGAGAGAUUUUGUAAUUUAUUUGAUUAAGUAACUAAAGCUAAGUUGUAAAAAUAUACGUCUA